UCUGCUACAGCGCAGAGACUGCUGUCUUGCGAGCUGCGGCUUUUUGAAGCUUUGUUGUUCACAUUACCCUAUUCAAUUAAUAAUUCCUGUUCAAAAUGGGCAUUCGACAUGCUUAUUUCAUGUCUAGAACUGUCUUGGUCAAGAACAAUGACGUUGAACAUGCGACUAGAGUUUUGAACAGAAUACUUGGCAAAGAAGAAAUUUUGGAUCAAUUCAGACGAACAAGAUACUAUGAAAAACCAACACAAGUCAGAAGAAGGAUCAACUACGAAAGAUGCAAAGCAAUAUAUGAUGAAGAUAUGAAUCGCAGAAUUCAAUUUUUAAUGAGAACCAAUCGAGUUGAAGCUUUCCCAGGCAAUAUGUAAACUUUCUUACUUUACUACGUAAAUUGUAAAUAUAUUCUUCUUUCAUAGUUAAUAGUAGUAAAGAUAUGGAUUCUGAAUAAAAAAAUUGUUAUUCAAUUGAACUCAA